AUGCCUUCGGUGGGAGCCAAGCUGCGACUAGUUGUUCCCAUCCUUGGUUAUCUCUACUACCAAGAUGGCAAAGUCCCCAUUGUUGACAGCGACAUGAUCAAGGGUGGCCUGAACCUGGGCAUGGUCAUCGGCCAGGUACUCUUAGGAGUACUAAGUGAUGUCCUGGGACGACACACAAUUUAUGGCAAGGAGCUUCUUCUGAUCAUAUUCGGCACUCUGCUGGUCAUUCUGCUGCCCUGGAAGUUCAUGGCACCGCGGUCGAUUACGGCCUGGAUAGCUGUCUUCGUACUACCCGCUUUCAUCACUUUCUGUAGAGAAAUCACCAUUCGGCACUCACGCCACCCAAGUCUUGACAGUCUUCUCGAAAAUCGGUCUCGGAAAUAUGGCAGCCAGUAUUGUCUUUUUGAUCCUGUUGAAAUCCUUCGAAGGAUCUAUCGCGGCCAAUCAAAAUCAUUUGGAAUGGGUGUUGCGUUUCCUCCUGGGUAUUGGCAUCAUGCCAGCCAUUUCACACUCAAUGCUCGGUUGACUAUUGCGGAGACGCUACCCUACCAGCAAUAUGUCUGCGAUGAGACUACCGGACAAAGGCGAGGUAUCAAGAAGCAAUGGAAAGAUUUCCGAGAUUACUUUGGCCAGUGGAAGCAUGCCAAGGUUCUUUUCGCUACAUCGAUGGCAUGGUUUUCCUUGGGUACCUUCCAGGCUUCUAAGUGGGAAUCUUUGUCCCAGAUCGAAUCGGCCGCGUCCGGCAGCAAUUCCUGGCCUGUGUCGGGCAGGUUCCAUGGUUGUCUUCACCGUCUCCCAGUUCCUCCUGACAGUCGAUCCCAAUGUCACCACAUUCUUAUCCCGGUAGAGGUAUUCCCCACUCGUGUUCGGGGAACUGCACUCGAAAUCUCGGCUGCUGCUGGGAAAUGUGGUGCUAUUUUGACUUCCUUUGCUUUUGGCACGGUCGAGGAUGGUAUCGGGCUAAAUGGCGUUCUUGGACUAUUCUCUGGUGUUAUGUUGCUCACUGCACUGGUAACUUUGUGGAUUCCGGAGAGCAAUAACCAUACGCUUGAGGGUAUUGAGAGGGGGAAUUUAUACGGAAGCAAAGAAGUGUCUGACGGUACGAACAUGGAUUCUUCAAUUACUGGCAGCAUUACGGACAUUCAUGUUGAUGCGACAGCUCAUGGGUCUGCUGAUAAGAUAGUCUAG